AUGUCCUCAUGGCCAUUAGACGCCGUUGAGCACACUCCGUAUGUCUCUUUAGACUUCGGUGUGUUGGGUUCUUGUGCACUGGUAGAUUCUGAAACGGGAAAACCGACGAGAUCUCCUGGACAUUACGAAUGGCAAUUCACAAAAACCGACAAUGAUAACCAAAAAAAACUCAUUCAAACACCUUACAACUGGGAGGUUGUGUCCAAUUUUUUUGAUAAAAAAGCCGUAGAUUAUGUGGAUGUUUAUUCUUCGGCUAGUUCUGUUGCGUAUCGUUCGCUUUCGUACUUACGAAGCGCUGAAAAAAGCGUAUAUGUGCCGGAAGACCUUCUAUUACCAAGUUUGAAGGAGUCAUUCGUUCUUGAUCAUGUAUUUCCAACAUUUACACCCGAUGUCACUUCGCUUAUGACCGUUGGUGCCGUUUCGAAUAUGAGAAAAAACCCUUCUUUGUCUCAAGACCAGUGUUUAGCUGUCGCCGGUGGUCAACAGAGAACUUCCCUAUUUCUCGCUCUUGCGAUUCCUUGGAAGUUUCAUGUUAGUCCGUUGGAUCCCAAUGCUACAAAUGAAAUUGACCCUUCCGCAGGGGUUUUCCACAAGGGUCCUCAAAUGUUGCAUGUGCCGGCAUUUCAGAUGAACCCAUUUCCAGCGCAUCAGUUUCUGCAACCCAUAGAGCAGCUUCAGUUCGGCUCUCACAGCUCGUCCUGGCUUUAUGUUCGUACUGCUAGCGAGAUUGUUCUUUUUCAUGUUCGAUAUGACGAAAAAGUAAAAGCCGAAACUUCUUACCGCCUUGUUACGGAUGUCGUUUAUUCAGUUCGCGCAUCAGAGCUUUGCGGACAUACCACUUUCGUUGAUUUCUGCAUACAUCCCGACGAUGAAAAUCUUGUAGUAGCCAUUACGCGAACUGGUGAAUGGUUCGUAUGGAAAUACGAGGGCGGCACUUACAAUGUGCUUCACCGUGGUAAAUUUCACCAGCAAUUAGACAGGGCAAAGAAAAACAUCUUUCCUGAAGCGGUGCAACAAACCGAAAAAAAGCAAGAAAAAAAUCCCUUUUAUCGUAUCCGUUGGUCUUACAAACGCGAUGCCAUUGUGAUCAUUGAUGCCUCUCAUAUUCUUCGUGUGUCUUUGCGUGCGAAGAAACCAAAAAUUUUGCUUUCAGCAGACCACAUCCUACAAGUCUCUACAUACGACGCAUGGGCCAACCGAUCACACGUGUUUGUGCUUACAUCUGAAGAGGUACUGUGGAUGGAUGAAAGUAAGGGCGUAUUGUUAGCUUGGAAACAUAAUCGAAUGUGCGACCCAACACUACAACUGCAAGUCAGUGUUGCCAACCCGGAUCAAAACACGGAGAACUACAACGUGUUCGUGUUCUCAAAGCUCAACGGCAUCGUACAAGUUUUCACGUUCGAGAUGCAACGGGGUUUACCUGUAUCUCCAUUAUCACCAUAUGCCCUCUAUUCCAAAGGGCUUGCAAACUCACUGGUCCACUUGCUCGUCCUACCAUGUGUAUUUUGGGAUGCGGCAACCAAGGAAAGAAGUAUCGCUCCUUGGUUUGUCGCAAUCCGGUUUAAUACUACGGGUUAUUUAGGUCUUACCCUGUUUGGUAGUGGAACUGCUGUUGAUAAUUACAACAUAAGACCGCUUAAUUCUUCCUCGCGUUCCCUUCUGACAAUGGAUUAUGGUGACGAGGAUAGUGACUCAUCUGAGAACGAGAACUGGAGGGCGUUUAUGACAGCAAACGGCAAAAAUGCUAUGCGAAUGCACAAUUUCUAUAUGGCAAUCUUUGGGUGUUUCAACGAAAACCGUCCCAAUGGAGGCGAGUUCUUGACGAGUGCAUACGAAUCUAUCCGGUUGGCGUAUGAGCAAUCCAACAAAGGAAUUACGCUUUUGUACGAUUGUUUCCCUAAUAUCUUGCUAUCCGAUUGGCAACCUUGUAAGCUCUCUGUAUUGGAAGGUUUGCGUUCUAUAGCAAGUGGUUUGGGAACACUUUAUGAAUUAAAUGUAACCGAACGGUCCGUGGCUACAAACGAAUCUAUGGACGUCGACAUGGAUCAGGGUACCUUUUUCUCGUCACAAACAAUCGGCACCCAAAUAGAGCAGCAGCAACCGUUACCCACGUCCGUUCUCGGAAUCCCCUACUUGAUAUCCUCGUGGACGGAAGACUCUGGCUCAAUAUCUGCCGUGCUUCGUUGUCUACGAGCUGCUGCACUUUCAGACACAGAGUUUGUACUCCUGUGUUCGAGUUUGGGUCUCAGUGCGGAAGCAGUAAGGGUGCCGGAUACUUCUGUGGAACGAGAGGAAAUGGCCAACGUCCUCGCGCCCCUCCAGCCGUUUGUCGCCCACACUCUCGAUGUCUCUAGUUUACAUCCAGACACAGAAGAAAUUUUGGGGGCUUGGAAGCUUGGUGACCCAACUCGACUAGAUCUGCUGUCACUCCCAGAAGAGUCUACUUCACUCCCACCCGCUUCACAAGAAUUCGAGCCCGUACUACCCUCACUUUCGCAACCGCUUCCCCGUCGUCGCAUUCCGACGCUUUCGCAGACCACCGGUCCUCCACCCGUAUCCCAAUUCUCGCAGCCGUCAUCACUGUCUGCGUCUAUGCCUGCGAGUCAACCCACCAUUGUCAUGUCUCAAGUCGUUACCGGAAAAUUUGGCGGACGGCCCAAAAAGAAAAAGAAGGCUCGUUCAGGUUUCUAA